AUGCUUGCUGAAUUAAUCCAGGACAUAGGUGACAGUUGGUUUUCCCUAAUCGUCGACGAAACAACCGACAACACAACCAUCAAGCAUAUGGCUGUUCUCAUUAAAUACUACAGUGAAAGCCAGGGAAAGUACAUUGUAGAUUUCCUAUGCAUUUUAGGCACCCCAAAAACAACACAUGAUGUGUUGUAUAAUGUUUUGGUUGAGUUUAUGGACAAAGUCGGGCUGCGCAAGGACAGACUCAUGGCUCUCGGAACCGACGGCGCAGCAAACUUGUGCGGCCCUCACCAUUCCCUGUUUUCGCUGCUCAAGAAGGACUGUCCGAAUCUGCAUCUCGUCAAGUGCAUUUGCCAUGGCCUGUACAAGUGCUCCAGCAAGGCCAGCGCUGCACUACCCGGUUCUCUCGAGGCGCUGCUCAGGGACUCGAGAAAUUGGUUUCGGAACAGUGCAUGCCGAAAGUAUGAGUACCAACAAGAGUAUCAAGCUCUUACUCAGUAUGGCGCUGACCCCCCUAAACUAGUCAAAAUAGGGGACACGCGGUGGCUAUCGUGGCACAGCGCGGUGAGGGCGCACACGGAGCAGUAUGACUUCCUGGCCAGGCAUUUUAAGUCAAUUGCAGAUAAGGACCCCCAAAAGAAGAUGCCACUCGCGCACACCUUGGCUGCAUAUCACAGUGAUAGGUCUCACCUGCUGUACUUGACAUUCCUGAGACCCAUACUAAAGGAGGCUGUGCAGAUGAACACAACAUUCCAGCAAUCUUUGGGAGAUUUCUCCUCGGUGUACAUAGACCUUAAGAAGUAUGUAAACAGUUUAGCUGCACGGAUCAUAAAACCUCAAGCUCUAGUUCAAUCACAACCAGGCACAAUGCUACGCCUGUCCGAGCUUCAAGCUUUACGGUUGGCACUGCAGCGCCCGGGGGUCUUUAAGGAAUUGAAUAUGAUAGACUAUGGAAGCAAUUUCUACCAGACUGCAGUUUCUGUUAAUCUUCCCCCCGAGAGGCUUGACGCUGUCAAGAAGCAUUGCGCCGAUUUUCUGUACAAAAUACAUCUGCGAGCUAGCGGACCGUCUGCCUUCCUGUAUCGAAGCUGUUGA